AUGCAAGCUAUUGAAGGAAUAACGAAAUCGCGCCGAUUGGCUAGGGUUUUAAAGAAUGCGUCGGCCGGCGUAUUCAACUCCGCCGGACGAGUUACAGCUUCCUGGCCGGAGGAUAUGGGUAAUGAAAAUUCUCGUGAGCUCAUCAGCCAUCAGUCUCCGCGCCGCCGCUUUCAUUCCGUCUCUUUGUUGUCGGGCAAUAUCUGUGGAACUUCGAGAACUGAAUUAUAUUGUCGACAAGUUGCACCGUCAUCAAUGAUGAUGCCGAAUAGAUUUUAUUCUUCUGAAGCAAGGGCUACCGAGAAUGAUUCUGCUGAUGCAGAGACAGUCAAAGGAGUGCAUGAUAAGUUGGUGAACUGUGUGACAGAGAAAAGAACCGCCCCUCCAAAUGCUUGGUUGUGGUCACUCAUUACUAAAUGUUCCACGCAGGAAGACAUUGAACUCUUAUUCGAUAUUUUGCAGAAACUUCGUAAAUUUAGGCUGUCCAAUCUUCGAAUACCCGAUGACUUUAAUAGUGCACUUUGCAGGGAAAUUACAAAGGCCUGUGUUCGUGCAGGAGCCAUUGAUUUUGGUAUGAAGACUUUGUGGAAACAUAAUUUAUUUGGACUAACUCCUGACAUUGGAUCGGCUCAUAUUCUGCUGUUACACGCCAAGCAACAUAAUGAUGUGAAACUCAUGACCAAAAUAAUGAAACAUGUUAAAAUCAAUGAUUUACCUCCACAACCUGGCACGGCAGAUAUAGUUUUCAGCAUUUGUUAUAAUGCAGACAAAUGGGAUUUGAUGUGUAAGAAUGGAAAAAGGUUUGUCUUGUCUGGAGUAAAACUGAGGCAGUCUUCCUUUGAGUUAUGGAUGGAAUUUGCUGCCAAAAAGGGAGAUGUUGAUUCCCUUUGGAAGAUUGAGAAAUGGAGAUCUAAGGCGAUGAAACAGCAUAGUCUUUCAACUGGGUUUUCUUGUGCAAAGGGUCUCCUUCUUGAACAUAAGCCUGAUGAUGCUUCUGCCAUUAUCCAAGUGCUAUAUCAGGUGAAUUUAUACUCGACGGAUGACACUUUUCUUUUAUUGACUUUACCCGAUGCAAGAAAAUCAAGUGUUGUGGUUGAGCUUCAAAAGCUAGUGAGCGAGUGGCCUUUGGAUGUUAUAAAGCAUCAGAAAGAUAACAAACAGGUAUUUGCUGAGGCAUUACAAAGUGAUAUUUCUCAGCUGCUCGAUGCUUUACGAACAUUGGGCAUGAAGGCAGAUGUUAACAUUCAAGAGUUUGCUGGAAAAGAAACACUCUUGUCUUAA